ACAGCGAAGAUGAGAUCGAGAGUGAAUCUGCUUGCGAUUCUGCUGACCUUAAGCUGCGUGGUCCGCUUGUUGGAAAGUGCGAAGGCAGCGGAGAAGCAUACGAGCCACAAGGAGCAUCCUGUAGGGAAGAAGGUCAUCAAGGAGGUUCACAAAAUUGCUCCGCAGAGUGCGGUUCUCGUACGAGGAGAGGAGAAAACGAAGGUAGUGAAGACUUUAACGAAGAACAAUGGCCUGGCCGUGUCGAAAGACUUUGAUAAACCAGGUCAUCCUCGACGAAAGAAACGGAAGAUGGACCGUACGAUGAUGGCGUUGUUGAUGGCCUACAAGAUGAAGUUCGUCGCGUUGAUUCCAACCCUGAUCGGAGGCUUGAUCCUGUUGAAGGCCACCGCGUUGUUAGCAGGAUUCUUCUUCGCGUUAUUCGCUGCGGUUCUCGGUCUGAAAGUACACUGA